CGAUAAGUUGACGUGUUUGUACUGCUGAUAUGGCGGGUCACUCCGUGUGUAAACAAGCAGCAUGAGUGUGUGCUCAUGACGGGCCUUAGUGGCUGAUCUAAACUCUGAAACUUCUGACUCUUCGUGUAAAUAAACUAAAGUAACGGGUGGUGACGAUAUUAACUGCUGGGAGCAGAGUUAACCUCACAGCCGUGACUGGACACAGCAGCGUAACAGCACAACAGGACUGUGUGUUCGCUGUAAUGUUUUCAGUGCCAUCGAGACUCAGUUUGAACCACUGUCGAAAGAAACAUUAUCCCAGUAGCACCUACCUGACUUCUCUUUGACAAGAAGAAGAAGAGACCGGCGGAGUUGUCAGUGAAAUGUCAGAUCCAGGGCCCAGUUCUGAAGGGGGAGGUUUGGGGGGUACAGGGCAGGAGGCAGAAGCUGAUGGAGAGCCUCCUCAAGAAGGUCCCCGGAAUCCACCCUGCUGUGGAGGUCAGCAGAAAAUGGAGGAAGAGGAGGAAGCGCCGCCUGCUGCCAAACAGCCACGCCUUGGUGAAGGAGUGGGUUUGGACAUUGGCUUUUCUGAGACAGCCACAGAAGCGGCGUUGGAUAUUGGUGGACAUCAAGACAUUGUUUUGAAAACAGACAAAGUGCUCAGUCAGCCAGAGGACGAUGGAAAGACAGCGGGAGGAUCAGAAAAAGGAGAGGAAGAGGAGGAGUGCUUCCAGAAUGGAGGAGAGAACAAGGAGACAAUGGGACAAUCUGAGGGAGGAGAGGAUAAGACAAGAGAUGAGUUGGAAAACACCAGUCCAGAAGGCAGUGCCUGCCAGCGCCAAUACCUUGGCCUGGAUUUCAGUCAGAACCCCCAGAUGUUGACAGGGUCCUGGGCAGAAUACACUCACUGUCCUGAGAAUUACCUCAAAGGCUGCAAAUGGGCUCCAGACGGUUCCUGUAUCGUCUCAAACAGUGCAGAUAAUGUGCUGCGUGUUUAUAAUCUCCCGCCUGAGCUCUACAGUGGCAGCUGGGACCUGCUGUCAGAAAUGAGUCCUGUGCUGAGGAUGACUGAGGGAGACACCAUCUAUGACUACUGCUGGUUUCCUAAGAUGAGUUCCCUGGACCCAGACACCUGUUUUAUUGCCAGCAGUAGCCGUGACAACCCAGUCCACAUAUGGGAUGCGUUCUACGGUGACCUUCGUGCGACAUUUAGACCCUACAACCAUCUGGACGAGCUGACAGCGGCCCACUCUCUGUGUUUCUCUCCGGACGGCUCACAGCUCUAUUGUGGAUUCGAGAAGACUGUCAGGGUGUUCUACACAGAGCGUCCAGGCAGAGACUGUGAGGAGAGACCCACUGUUGUUAAGAAGCAUGGUCAGAGUGGUAUUAUCUCUUGUAUGGCGUUCAGUCCGUCUCAGGCGGUGUAUGCGUGUGGCUCGUAUUCCCGCACUGUGGGGCUGUACUCGUGUGAGGACGGCUCUCAGCUGGCCCUUCUGCCCCAGCGCCACCAUGGAGGAGUCACCCACCUGCUCUUCUCCCCUGAUGGCUAUCAUCUGUACACAGGCGGCCGCAAGGACCCAGAGAUUCUCUGUUGGGAUCUUAGAGACCCAGGUAGAGUUCUGUUUUCACUGCCCAGAACCAUAAACACUAACCAGCGCAUCUACUUUGACCUGGACCUGUCUGGCCGGUACCUGGUGAGUGGCGACACAGAAGGUAUGAUGUCAGUGUGGGACACACUUACAGCGCCUCCUGAUGGCAAUGAAGAAGUACUGCAGCCCUUCCAGCAGUUUCAGGCUCACAGGGAUUGCACAAAUGGGAUCAGCAUCCACCCCUUCAUGCCUUUAGUGGCGUCCUGCAGUGGUCAGCGUCAGUUCCCCUGGCCCACUGAGAGCGACGACUCAGGCUCAGAGCCAGAGGAGGACAGGGUGAUGUCAUCAAACGGCAUCAGAGAGGACAAUGCGCUCGUGCUGUGGUGGGCUGGACCGCUGGGCUCAAGCAGUGAAGAGGGCCAGCAGGAACAGCCAACUGUGCUUGAGAACUAGAGACAUCAGCUAUAACUACUAAACCUCCUUUCUUGCGUUCUAAACCAAAUUCUGCAAACUGCCUGUUUUAUUGAGUAUUGAAUGUUGAGGUGAAUUGCAGGGUUGUGUAAUACUGCCCAUUGUGUUCUAUUUGAUUGACACAAUCCAGGACCAACAAACUAAAGAGAGACAUUUACUGAC